CCAGUUGUGAAUAGGAAUACCCAAGUAGAGGUUCCUUCGUUCAACAUUUUACGACGUGCAGGAAACAUAAUUGCUCAGUUCAUUUAUCGGAAUAGUUGUGAAAAAAAUUAUACCUUGGAUGGACUUCUUAAUGGUGCCGCUUAUAUAGCAGGUAUUUACAUAAAUGAAAAAAACUGGGAAAGACUGAGAGCAAUCAUGAUUGAAGACAGUGUUGAAGACAUUCGUGAACGCGUAGAAGCUCUAACGGAUGAAGAAGUCUCUAAUUUAAGAUUUUUAGAAGACGACGUAAUUGCUUCGUUUUUGCACCUCUCUUGUUUCGCAUCACGAUCCCUUCUUGGCGGCAAUUAUAGUAAUUUCCAUCCGGAGCUUUUAAUAACCAGAAAAUUUUAUAGGUUGUCGAGGUGUGUCUUUCCUGUAGGCAUUUGGAGAAUCCAUAAAAUAAAUUUUUUUGACCCUGCCUCUAAGCCAAAUCUGAUAGACGUUGGUCUCUACCGCUGA